CAGCUAAAUGGGACGGCCAUUUACGUAUGUUUGAUUCCUGUUACCAAUUUGUAUGUUCGGAAGCAGUGAUGGAAAUAUUGGCAAGUGGAUUGAGAUAUUUGAUGGGAUAAAAGCAGCUAUCAUCGUCGCGGAAUCUUUUACCAGAAGUCCGUGAUGGUUCCACGUGAGCUAUAAAUUGAACAGGGACUUGAAUUGCAUUGCACCGAUAUAAAACCCACGAGCUCUCCUGUUAUUCGGCGCGGAUAUGAGACCGCGAAUUACUGUUUUAGAAAAUCAUUCGGAUUUGAACCGUAUUAUUGAAGUGUCAAGCGUUGGCAUUUCAAAGCUAUUCAAGUUGACACGGGAGAGCUUAAGGCCAUAAUCGCUAUUCAUAGAGUGAGACAGUUAAAUUGAAGAGGAUAAUAAGGAAUUUGUAUAGGAUAUUACGAUGCCAAUGAGAAGACUAUAUUUUCAAUAAUCCUGAGGGAUCUCCUGCGAAAGGCCGUAGUUCCUAGUGUAAACAGCCCGGCGGAAGGAUGGGUCGACCUGGCAAGAGAAGAUCUCCAAAAUAAUUGAAAUCUAAUUCUGAGCUCCUAUCCUUUUCAUCACCCACUCGGUUCGUCUUCGAUUCAAAAUCACACCACGGUCUACGAUGAACGUCACAACGCCGACAACGUUGCCGCUAACAACACCUUACACUUUUGGGGUUCCCUUAGUACCAUCUGUGGCAGCCAUGAGUCCUGCUGAAAGGAAUGAACUCGCGCCGUACACGUUUAAUGAUGACUCCCCGAUCCCUCGGCUCCCAGAGUACGUUAAUGACAACCUAACCGAAGAAAGGGCCUUGACAGAAUAUUACUGCAAUGGGACAUUCGACUUGUCUCUUUGCUUGGAAAUACUAGGACUUGCUGAAAAUCUAACGUUCAAUUAUACAUCGAACGAGACAACUACAUUUGAAUGGACACUCCGUCACCCUAUGUGGUUAACAGUUCUAUUGGCAAUAUUUGGCGGUAUUGUCAGCAUUGUAACUGUUCUGGGAAACUCCCUCGUGCUGCUGUCAUUUUAUCUUGACCGUCAGAUCCGUCAACCAUCAAACUAUUUCAUUGCCAGUCUCGCCGUAUCGGAUCUACUGAUCGGCCUGUUCUCCAUGCCUUUGUAUACGAUGUAUUUAUUGUUGGACGCCAAGUGGCCGCUGGGGCCUACUGUGUGUGAUUUGUGGCUUUCCUUGGACUACACCAGCUGCCUCGCCUCGCAGUACACCGUGUUCUUUAUCACUGUGGACCGUUUUUGUUCUGUCAAAAUACCAGCAAAGUACCGCAACUGGCGAACAGAACACAAGGUGAAUGUGAUGGUGUCCGUCACCUGGGUCAUACCCAUACUUAUAUUCUACACGUCUAUAAUAGGAUGGCAGUACUUUGUUGGACUAAGAACUGUCCCCGCUCAAGAGUGUUGGGUCCAAUUCAUGUCCAGCCCAAUGUUUAAUACCAUCUUGGUUAUAGGGUACUAUUGGAUAACUCUGGUCGUGAUGAUAAUCCUGUAUGCAGGGAUCUACAAAGUGGCCUUGGAUCUACACAGAAAAUCAGCCGCAAAACAGAAAAAGAUGACGUCACUCGUUUCUAUGGCUGGACAAACCAUGACGAACAUAGGGAUUGGGAUAUCUCAAACAAAGAAGGCGUCUGUCAAGGAAGUUAAGGAAACAAUAAGUCCCUUAAAGAAUAAGAAAGCCACAGCAGCAGUGGAAGAGGAGGAGGGAUCUUCCAGCACUGCCUACCCAUCAGACGUGGAGGACUCAAGCAGUCAAUCGGCCCCUCAUCCUCCGCCGGCUUAUAACAGCCUAGACGGGGACAGCGCUGGAACUCCAGUGAAUAAACCUAAACAACACCACCAUCACCAUCACCAUCGACACCAUCACCAUCACCACGGGAAGGAUCACGCACAUGGGCAUAAAAAUAAAAAGACAGACGACCAUUUGACAACACCUAAGGGGGAGCAAUACCUGACUACCCCAACGCCGGUGUCACAAACACCUUCUAGUCUCCUUGACAACGAGUCGUCGACUCAAACUGCUGGAUCUCAUGAUACAAGCGGUUCCAGUGGCGAAACACCAAAACGAGGUCACGGCAUUCGUUUCAUCGAUCAAGAAAGCUUCCAAUCGUUUGCCUCUGGAGAGGAUGUGAAACUCGUUGUGGAAACCCGCCACAUUGAUAAGCUUGCUCAGUCCAAUGACGAGCCUCCGUCUCCAAUUUGGAAACGAAGACAGUCCUUUAAGGCGAAGGAGACUGAACACAGUGCCGCCAAUAUGGUUGGUUGCAACGGCGAUAAAGAUAAAGUUUGCAUGCAAGUUUCCGUGAAUAGUAAAUCGAAAGGCAAACCGGUAAUUAAAACAAUAAAACCACCAAGCGGAAACCAUGAACAUAAAUCAGCAAGGGAGAGGGUUACUCAACAGUGGCACGACAUAACAACAUAUUUUAGACGUAAAAACCAAAAACGAAAAGAAAAAGGAAAAGCUCAAGGUAAAAACAAGUCGAAGUCUGAAAAUCGAGCCAGAAAAGCCCUCAGAACCAUAUCCCUGAUAUUGGGGGCAUUUGUAUUGUUCUGGACUCCAUACCACGUUAUAGUUAUUAUUUUAGGUUUUUGCUACGAUUGUGUGCAUAUACGGCUGUACGAGAUUUCGUACUGGUUCUGCUACAUGAACAGCCCAAUCAAUCCUUUUUGCUAUGCAUUCGCCAAUGCACAAUUUAAGCGGACUUUCAAACGAAUCCUUAGUGGUGAUCUGCACAGGACAUGAUAGGCUUUGAUAUUAAUGAGUAAUAGAUUUAAGGAAUUGUUCGUGUAUUCCAAUGCGUAGUCCUAGUCAGAUUUUCGUUCAAAGUGAAGAGAUGAGACGCCAAAUGGAAUAUGAUAGAUUCCACGAUUCAAAGAUUGUACAAUGGGUGGAAAA